AUGUCUGGUCGUAGCAGUUGUAGUAAAUUGCACCCAGAGAGAAGACCAGGACCAUGUGCCUAUUGUAACAAUGAUCAUGUAUCAAAUAGAUAUAUUCAUUUAAUUCAGAAAGCGAGUGACUUGCCAGAUUUUACCAAUUUUGUUUCUUUAAGUUAUAAACUUUCUGAUUUAGACUGCAUAUGCAGAAAAUGUGAGGGCAAGUUAAAAAAAGCUUUUUCCAGACAACAGAAUGAUUCCCACACUGUCACUGAACCAGAGGUUUCCCCAUUUAAAAAAAUAUGUACUGAGACUGAUAAAUGUUUUUUGUCCAAUUUUGCAGAUGCUGAAGAGUGUACUAGUUCAGAUAUUCAUCAUUACACUGAAAUCAAUGUUCCAGUUUUUGAUAAAGCUUUUUCAGUUUCUAUCCAUACACAGUUUCCAGAAUACAGUACCAGUGAUACCUUUUUUUCUCAUCUUUGUCAUUCCCAUUAUAAUAAAUUAAACAAAUGUAUUAACUUAACUGUUGUACAAUGUAUAGUCUGUGAUAAAUUUUCUGGAAAAAAUACUGGUUCAUUUAAAACUGUCAGUGAGGAUAAACGGGAGCUAUUUACUCGUUACUUUAACUUUGAUAUGCAUGUGGAAAAUUUAAUUUGUUGUCCAUAUUGUUACAAUAAUUUUAAUUCAUUUUCUAGAUCAGAUGCUGCAGAGGACCAGUUGUCCAAAACCACUGAAUACUUAUUCAAUUGUUUGGAAAAUUUUACCAUUAUAGACACUGAAAAGGUUACAUCAGAAAAUAUAGAUAUAUUUUCUUUCAGGUCUGUCCUAGAAUCUGUAAUAAAUUCUUUUGUAGAAGAAAAAGCCUUGCUUUUACCAAAUUUAUUUGAGCAGUACAAAUGUAUUUUACACAAAAAUGCAAACAAAUUAGGCUUAUGUGUUGAGCAGAAGGUUUUUCAUCGUCCACAGUGGUUAUUUACCAUGUUAAAGUCGUGCCUUGGCAGAGCCCUAGCAUAUUAUGUGCCAAACAAGAAAAAUUUAGGGAGGAUGAUAUAUAGGAAUGGUACUGAUAUAUUUGCUUGUUUACAUACACUUGUUGUUGAAAAUAGUAAAUGCAUUGAAGAGAAUAAAAGAUUAAAUAAAGAAAGCAUUAUCCAAGCAGAAAAAUUGGCUUCUACUGUAUCAGAGGAAAAAAGAAAAAACAAACAAGAGCAAAGUCUAGAAGAUGCUAAUUCUCAGUGUGUGCAACCUUUGCAUUUGUUAUGUACAGACAUAGCUGACAAAUUUUCUAAUUCAUCAAGUACGUUUCUUUCUAUUAAUGCUAGAUUAGGGGCUGGUAUCUCUAAGGACUCUCUUAGAAGGUACAUCACUAACAGGUGUAGAGAGUUGGAACAAAAACAGAGGUAUAUUUUAUCAGAUAGUUUUAUUGUAGCCUCAUUUGACAAUCUUGAUAAAAACCAGGCUUACUCUGUAGUAUGUGCUGGAAAAGAUAGAAGUGGCUUUCAUGGAACCACAAUACAGACUGUGGUUCCAAAGCCCAGUCAAAAAAUUAAUAUGUUUGAUGACUCUAAUCUGAUUUCUAAUCUUAAUCAUGUUAAUCAGACCAACAUCGAACAUGACAUAUCUGAAGUUCCCAAUUCCAGAGACCGUAAACUGGAAAAAGGAAUUAUUCAGAAACUUGUCAAUCCAGAAGACAAAUUUGGACUACCACCUGUUAAAAAGCAAAACAAGUUUUCUGACAUGUCACCAUCAGAUUUAGAAGAAACAGCUGCAGAGAUUUCAGCAUGGGAUGAAUUUUAUAGAAGUAUUACUAAAUAUGGAUUUUCUAAAAACUUUUUUAAGAAAGAAAAUAUUGUUUUACCAGGUAUUAAAACCUUUUUUUCUAUUCCUGUUGAAUCCACUGAAAAAUCAGAUUUUUCAUCAGUGGCCAUAUUGGACGAAACAGCAGAUAGCAAAGAUACAGUAUUAAAGGUUUUGAAUAUUUUAUAUGAUAAAUUUCAAGUUGGUCAGUUAACAAAUUAUGUUAUUGUUGUAGGUGAUGGAAAGAGUUACGAUCAUUUGAUCAAACUGAAAUCUGAAUAUGGGGAACAAAUGGAUUGGGUACUUGCCUACCCUGGGGAUUGGCAUAUUUUAAAAAAUGUCCUUCCCAUAUUUGUAAAGAUUUAUUUUGAUGCAGGAUUAAAGCAACUUGCUACUAAACAUCAUCAUGGAGCUACAUUAAAAGUUUUAACUGAGUGUAGCAAGUUUGCUGUAACUCAUAGGUUUUUUAUACAAGCUUGGGAAGCAGUUAUGAGACAUCAAGUGAAAUCCUUUUUUGAAUACAAAUCAUGUGAAUCACCUUAUGAUAUUCAAAUUUCAGAUUUAAUACUAAAUAUUAUUUCAGAUAUGUCAUUAGAUGAAGAAGAAGAUGAGGUUUGUAAACCUGAUGUCUGGGAGAAGGUAUGUGAGAAAAAAAAGGAGAUUUUUGCUUUAUUUACAGAUGAAUUAUUAGAAGACUAUAAAACUUGGCGUCAUGAGAACUCCUCAGUCAACCAAACUUUUGCCUUUUGGGACAAUUUUGUACAUUUAGAUUUUAUGGCUUAUCUUGGUUUGUUCUUCUCCAUACGUAGUAGAAACUGGCACUUGCGCAAUGUUUCGCUGAAAAAAAUUACUUGUCUAUUUCAUGCUUUUGAUAGGCAAAAUUAUCAGAGACUAAUACCAUACCAUCUUGCUGAUCUCCACACCUUUCCAGAACCUGUUAUUCAACAUUUUACAGCUGGCUGCUUCUCAGUUUCAAUUUCAGGUAAACAUUUGUAUUCUGUAGCAUUAGAUGAAGCACAUGAAAUGGAGAUUAAUUUAAAGUCAAAAAAUGCUCUUAACUCUUUCAGCCAGUCUUCUUUAGCUAACCUCACUUUUUAUUUACCUUACCGAGCAAAGACAUUGCACAACCUUAAAUCAGAAUUACAACUUGAAAGAGAAGAAGGUUUAUAUCAGAGAGAAGGUACAAUGUCUUAUGUUAAAAAUGCAGAAAAAACAGUUUGUGAAUACAUGUGCAAUUUAGAAACAUCAUCUCUGUUUGACAUAAACUGUAAUGAACAUUUACACCAUAUUUUUACUAGAACUGAAACUGAUCAUGAACAAACUGACAGUUUGAUAAAUUACAGAAAGUAUGGCGAGGAAGACAUGGCUAACUAUUUGAAAUGCUUUUUAUUUAGGACUUAUGAAACAGCAGGAAAGCCUCCCUCAAGAAAAAGAAGAAAUUUAAAAACUUUUGCCCCUAUUAAAAUAACUAUUCACAAGCAAAAGAAAGAAAUUAAAGAUCAAAAUACAGUGAUUUCUUGUUUAAGAAAAAAAAUUGCUUUUUCAAAGCAUAGUGGUAAUGCAGUCAAAGAUUUAGACCAGUUUUUACAGUUACCUCGUGCUUUGUGCGAUGCAGAAGGAAUUCCAGAAAAGGGUCAAAAAGCCACUGCAGCUAAUGUCUUUAAAAAUAUUUAUUCUGAUGCUUUUUUAUUACAGGUUCCUAAGGCUCCAGUAUCAAGUAAAACUACUGUCAUUAUUGAUGGUAUGUUUAUUAUUAAUACCAGUCCACUUGCCUCACACCAGACCUUUGGUGAUUAUGGUGAUUUUCUUUUUAAUAGAUGGAUUAUAAAGUAUUAUAAUCAAUAUACAGCAAAUGAGGUUCAUUUACUGUUUGAUGAUCCAAAUAGGAAUGGUGUGAGCCCAAAAGACAUUGAAAGAACACGAAGGAAUACAGUUGUACAGGAACCAGUGGUACGUACAUGUAUUUCCUCUGACACCCCAUUGCUAUCAAACUGGAGAAAUUUUAUUGCAGUUCGGCAUCAAAAGCGACUUUUGGUUAACUUUUUGUCUGAAUAUUUUUUAUCUCUUUCAUUGACUUAUUUCUCUACUAACCAAUGUUGUUUUGUUACAGCUGGAGGAUUCGACGAUGACAGAAAAGACAGAGCAAUUUCCAUAUUAAAGGGUCAGGUGGUAGAUUAUGACUUGGCAUCUGGCAAUCAUGAAGAGGCAGACACUAGAGUAUGGUUACAUGCAUCAGUAACAACAGCAGAUCAAGUCAUAAUCUACAGCCCUGAUACUGAUGUAUUUUUUAUAGGUUUGCCACUUGUACCUGCUUUGAAUAAAACUGUAUAUGUGCAGUUGAGAGAUUCACCAUACAACAAUUCAUUUCUUUCCAUGGACAAACUGGUAAAGUGUAUUACUUUAAAUGAUUCGCUUUUACAGGGAAUUGACAGUGUUUUGAUAUGUAUGCAGUUACUUUUUAUCUAUAGUGGAUGUGAUUUUGUGUCAUAUUUCAGAGGUUGUGGUAAAAAGACAUUUUUUGAUGUAUUUAGAAAGCAUGCCUCUUUCAUUGUGGGAAAUGGAAGCUUUUCAGAUGUUCAGGGUAAUAAUGGCCUUUAUUCAUUUUACAGGUUGAUAUGUUCUGUUUAUUUUAGUAAACAUCGUGCUGCAUUUCAGCCUUAUUCUACCCCUAAAUCAUUAUUUGAUUCUAUUUCAGAGGGGGACUUACAUGAAAAACAUUUAUCUUUUAUUUCAGCUAUCAGAGAAAAGCUGUGGGAAAGAGUGGUCACUGAAGUGGAAAUGAUGCCAAACCAUGAAGCCCUCAAACUACACUGGAUGCGGUGUUGCUGGGUGUUUGAUUAUUGGAGUCAGAGCACCAGCAAUACCCAUGCACUACCUGAUUUGUCAAAAUGUGGAUGGCAAAUCACUGAUAAUAGAUUAGAAAUUGUUUGGGACACUGUUUUAAAUUUUCAGAAAGUCGAGAAAACUGUAGAAUGGUAUACUAAAGGGUGUGGAUGUAAGACUGGAUGCAAAACAAAUAGGUGUAAAUGUAGAAAGGCACAAAAUGAAAACUGUGAUGGUUUUUGUGGUCCAGGUUGUAAAUGUGUAAACUGUUUUAAUGUUCCAGGUAGUGGAGAUCAAGUACUAGAUAUGUCUAUUGACCUUGAUGAUGAUGUCAUUUUAGAUGACACAGAAGAGUUUGAAGAUCCAGUUGAGGUUGAACAACCUGAAUUAGAUGGAUUAGUAGAGGAACUUGAUCAAACAGAUGAUUAUUGGCUUUUCAGUACUGAAGAGAUUUAAUUUUUAUUCCUUUUCAGACAAAAAUACUUAGAUGAAUGUUUUUCAUGGCAAAUCUGUUCAGUUUAUCACAGACACAGUGCUUUCAGAUGAAAAGUGGAAUCAAGCUUGAAAUAUUGUAAUAGGUAUUCUUUUAAUGUUCUGCAUAUUUAGUUUUUGAUGUUCUGGAAAUUUGCAUUGGUGGGUUUCUGUCAAAAUAAUCUAUAUCUAACCAAUGCUUUUACUGAAAAUGACACUUCUAUUUUGAAAGAAUGUUUCAUUAGAGAAGCCUUGAACCUAAAUUUGAUAAAAAAUUUGCAAGUCUUGAAAUCUUGCUUGUCAAUAUUAUUUGAGUCAGUUAUCUAACUGCAUUUGUAUGAAAUAAUUUGAUAAAACUUUGUGUAUAUAAUGUUUAGGAUUAAAGUGUUAUGUUUUUUUUUAUAUUUUUGUAUAUAACUUUCAUGUAAAUUGAUAAUAUUCACUGAUAUUUUUUUGAUUUUAUUAAUAUUCAUUAGUCGUAUUGGUCUUGUUUAACAAUUGUUUUGUUUUCAAAUUCCUAUCGCUAAAUUUGCAAGUUCCACUGUUCAAAUUUGUUAUUGUUAAUUCUAAUUUUGAACCUCAUCUUUUUGUGCAUUUCAGGUAUAUUGGGGCUUGAUAUAUUGAAAUCUUAUCAAAGAGAGAUAACUCUUAAAAUUUGAGCUAUUGGAAAGAACUGCAUUAAUUAUAAUCACUAUAUUUCUUUUAAUAGGACUAAUGAAUGGCUGUUCUUGAUGUUUAUUUUAACUAGACACCAAAGGAGAUUAGCAAAUACUUAUGUAUAAUGCUAGAUCUGUAAUGUACAUGUUUUUAUGCCUUUUUUUUCAGAUAGCAUCAUCUAUUAUCAUAGAUAUUUUUCUGUUAUUAUGUUUGUACCACAAAUGAUCAAGAACAAUUAUCUUCACUAAUUUGCUUUAUGCUUUGUACAAGUUUCAGAUCUGUAAAUACUGGUUUGAGAAAAUUUUAUGUUGGAUGUACAGAUAAUAAAGGUAAGUGAAUUGGAAUAUAGAGAUAUUGGUUUGCUGUCUUUGAAGGAUUUUCCAUGGAUAGUGAAUGAACAUUUUAAUCAAAAAUAAGAUAUAUGAUAUCUUGCAUAGUAUUUUUCUCUAUAUGUUUUUGUAAUUUGCCACUUUAAAAAAAAUAAUUUUAAAUUCUUGGAUAAUCAUCUCUGAGAGACAAAAUUAAAUUAAUAAAAAUCUGAAGAGGUCCAAAUGUGCUCAAAAAAUAAUUGUGAAAAAGUUUAGUACAUUACAAGAUAUUCUUUGAAAAGUUUAAAGGAUAGAAGUUUUUAAAGAUUGAAUGUUUAGUAUAGUUAGCACAAACAUGUGUUUACUUAGAAAGAUGUGCUUAUUACAUGUCAUUAUUAUUUCAUGUUUUAAUGAUUCAGGUAAUAUUUUGUGUUGUCUUAUUUGUGAAUGCUUGUCAUUCUGUAUCGUCUUGGGAAAGUUGGUAUUGCACCUUUAGUACCUCUAUGUGUGAAUGCUGGUCAUUUUGUAUCGUCUUGGGAAAGUUGGUAUUGCACCUUUAGUACCUACUGUGAAUGCUGGUCAUUCAGUCUUUUUUUGUGAAUAUUACCAGUUCAUUAUUUAUUGAUGUAAUAAUCUUCUUUUCAUACAUCAUACAUGUAUACAUUUGUGACCAGAUCUGGCAGAUCAUCAAUUUUCUUUUCAAAAAGAAUUUGCUGAAACAGGACAACAUACCUUUUUUUGUGUUUUAUUCGAAAAAUAAUAAACCUCUUAUUUGGUCCAACAGAUAUUUGGCGCUUUUUAGGUGAUCUUCUGAAAAUGUGGCAAGUUGUAUAAGAUGUGUAUAGUACCAUGUGUUUCAAUUUACAAUGUUCUUGUAGUUCAAUAAAUUGUUCAUCAGA